UUAUCCAAAUUAUUUUAUUCUUGCAAAGGUCGUUUUUCUAGCGACUUCGUUCGCAAGUCUGAAGUCUACGACACCUUGACCUUGAAGACCCGAGUACUCCAUAAAGCCUCUUCGUCUUCAUCGUCGUCGAAACGCUAGGGUUUCGAUCGAAUACGAAAAGCUAGGGUUCGAUUUGACGUCUGAAAGCAGAAUCGUGUGGCCAUGGCGGCGUCGCAGGAGCAUUUGGAGAAGAUGCAGAUCCGCCAGAACUACCGCAACCUCUGGCACACUGAUCUCAUGGGCACAAUUCAGGCCGACACUCCUUAUUGCUGCUUUGCAUUUUUUUGUGCCCCAUGUACAUCAUACAUGCUACGCAAGCGAGCUCUCUACAAUGAUAUGUCAAGGUAUGUCUGCUGUGCUGGUUAUAUGCCUUGCAGUGGUCGGUGUGGAGAAAACCGAUGCCCUGAAUUUUGCCUCUUCACUGAGGUUCUCUUAUGCUUUGGAAAUUCAGUAGCCUCAACCCGCUUUCUAUUGCAAGACGAGUUCAACAUACAGACAACACAAUGUGAUAAUUGCAUUAUUGGUUUUAUGUUCUGCCUUCAACAAAUUGCGUGCAUAUUUUCCAUUGUUGCUAUGAUUGUUGGAAGUGAGGAAAUCCAAGAGGCUUCUCAGUUACUAUCUUGUUUGGCUGAAAUGGUCUACUGCACGGUUUGUGCGUGCAUGCAGACACAACACAAAAUCGAAAUGGACAAACGAGAUGGUAUGUUUGGGCCACAAGUGAUGGCAGUUCCCCCUGUCCAGCAAAUGUCACGGCUUGAUCAGCCAUAUCCUCCCACUGUUGGAUAUCCACCUCCACCUGCAUACGGGCAGCCUGGUUAUCCGCCUCCUCAGGCUCAAGGCUAUCCACCUGUUGGUUAUCCUCCUUCUGGCUAUCAAAGGUGAUCCCUAUGCUGUACAUGUUUGCAAGUAAAAUCACAUUUAAACCCAUGCAUCUAUUAUUGCAUGAUCGAGACCAGAGGGGUGGGUAUGGUGACUGAUUUGUGUGGUUAAUUGUUGAUUGCAUACAUGUUCUAAACAUAGUAAGGACCCGAUUUAUUAUAGAUUUGUAUUUGGUUUACAUAUGUGUUUGCAAUUGGUGUAAGAUACAAAUGGAGUUAUGCUUGCAUUUAGUAAGUUUGGAUUUUCUAUGGAACUCAUGUUUUGUCA